AUGAUAGCAACAGCGUCCCUACCAAGAGAACUGCCCAUUGGCUUCGUGUUAGAUGCUAGCGCUCACCUGCAGGAAGAGGAGCACAGAGUUGCCAGUUUCAGACUGUGUAUUGAAGCAGCAAUGGGGCCAGGCUGCUUUCAUUCAGAGAGUCUGGAAUUUUGGAACGCGCUUGGCAGAGGGAAUGAAAAAGUUGUGAACUGCUUAUACCAAAACCCUGAUGCAAUUUUUAGGCUGAUUUGCUUUCCCUGGGCAGGAGGUGGCUCUAAUUAUUUUGCCAAAUGGGGCCAAAAGAUUCAUAAUUCACUGGAAGUGCACUCCAUUAGGCUUGCUGGAAGAGAAAGUCGAUCGAAAGAACCUUUUGCUAGUGACAUCCACCAGGUAGUUGAUGAAAUUGCUUGUGCUCUGCUGCCAGUCCUCGAGGAUAAACCAUUUGCAUUUCUUGGCCACAGUAUGGGAUCCUACACUGCUUUUAUGACUGCACUGCACCUAAAACAAAAACAUAAGCAAGAACCAGUGCAUUUCUUUGUGUCAAGUGUAACUCCUCCUCAUUUAAAGGCCCUGCCUCAUAUUCCCGAAGAAGUAGAAUGCACAGAAGAAAGAAUUCGCUGUGUCCUCAAGGGUUUUGGUGGCACCCCCAAGGAUUUUAUUGACGACAAGGAACUUUGGCAAGCAUAUACUCCCAGACUGAUGGCAGAUGCACGCAUUUUUAGAAAUUACACUUUUGAUAGACCAUCUGAGGCUCUUCUUUCCUGUGACUUAACGUGCUUCCGUGGAUCUGAAGACAUAGUGAAGGAUAUGGAAGCCUGGAAAGAUGUAACCAGUGGAAGUGUUGAUAUUCAUGUGCUUCCAGGAGAUCACUUUUAUCUUAUGGAACCUUCCAAUGAGACCUUCAUCAGGAACUACAUAGCCAAGUGUCUAGAACUAACGAUGCUUUCCUCGUUUUAG